AUGUCCAUCACUUCAAUCAGCGGCCUAAUGUCCCAAUAUUCUCCCUUGUCAGAUCGGGGCUCAUCCGUGGAAGAUGAGAAAGAAUCACACGUCCGACUGAAUCAAGAUGUGGAAGCUGGCGAAAAGCAGGCCACCGAAAAGAAAGCUCGCUGGAUUGAUGGCCGCACUGUCUCUGAUGCCAUUAUUGGCCUGUCCGACGGCAUGACAGUGCCUUUUGCCCUCACUGCAGGCCUGUCAGCGUUGGGUGAUACUAAAGUCGUUGUUUUUGGUGGCAUGGCCGAGCUCAUCGCGGGUGCUAUCUCGAUGGGACUCGGUGGGUAUCUAGGUGCCAAAAGCGAAGAGGAGUCAUACAAGGCGACACUUAAGGAAACACAAACACAAACUAUGACCGACCCAGCUUCUGUCACUGGUACGAUCUCCGAGAUCUUCGAGCCCUACGAGCUACCAUCCGAACUAGUCGCCCAACUCACCAACCAUCUCGCCGCCUCGCCUCUGCUUCCUUCUUUCCUAAUGAACUUCCACCACACACUGCCUGAGCCAUCAGGCUCGCGCGCCGUUAUUUGCGCAUUAACCAUUGCUUUGGGCUAUUUCAUUGGCGGCUUCGUGCCCCUUCUACCCUACUUCUUUGUCGGUCCACACGAGGCUUUCAUUGCUCUCCGUUGGUCCAUUGCUACCAUGGUCGUCGCCCUCUUUAUCUUUGGAUACGGAAAAACCUGCUUCGUGAGCGGUUGGCGCGGUCGCCGCAACAUCCGCAAAGGAGUGGUCGGCGGCUUCCAGAUGGUUCUGGUCGGAGGUGUUGCGGCCGGCUCAGCUAUGGGUCUUGUCAAGGCUUUCCAGAUGCUGGCCGAUGGUAAAACCGGGCACCCAGAACAUUAA